GCAAUCCAGGGUGGUGUGACAAGGCACAGAACAGCAGGCAGAGUUAGGGCAGGAAGAAUGGUCAAAACUAGAAAACAGGAACUAGAGAAAGCCAGGAGCACGGGAAAACCGUUGGUAGACUUGGCGAAACAAAGCGAACUGGCAACAGACAAACAGAGAAAACCGGUAUAAAUACACAGGGGAUAAUGGGGAAGAUGGGUGACACCUGGAGGGGGGUGGAGACAAGCACAAAGACAGGUCAAACAGAUCAGGCUGUGACAGGGGCAAGAGGUGGUCACACCAGAUACUGACAGAUUUUCUGAUCCACGCCCCUACCUUUUUUUUGUUACGGUAUCUGUGACCAAAAGAUGCAUAUAUGUAUUCCCAGUCAUGUGAAAUCCAGAGAUUAGGGACGAAGAAUUGCCAUAGCCUAUAUACAUAUAUGGCUUAUAAUAAGACUGUCAAAGACAUAACAUAGAAACCUGCAUUACAGACUGAAAAACAACCAUUGGUUGAAUAGGCCUAAUGUGUCUAUCCACCACCACCACCAAUAGGAAGAUAGUAGUUGUGACUAUGACAAUCAGCCAAUGAGAUGAGUGCACACCGGUGCACCUACACGUGUUUACUAUUGACAUUUACCUGUCUUUAUAAACCAGGAAGAAGGCUGCAUUUACACUGGAAGCCCAAUUCUGAGCACUUUUUUCACCAAUUUGUCUUUUUACCAAUCAGACCUGCUCUGAAGAACAGCCUAUCACAGAUUUUAAGGUGCCAAAUGGUGAACUGCUGUGGAUUGGUAACUGUCAAGAAUAAACCAGUGCCUCUGAAGAGUAUUGCUGUGGAGGUGAGUGUCCAGGGGCAUGUAGCCACUGUGAGCUCCACUCUGCAGUAUGAGAACCAGGAGGAGAGCCCUCUGGAGGCCAUCUUUGUUUUCCCUCUACCAGGAGAGGCUGCUGUCUGCAGGUUCAGCGCCAAGAUAGGACAGACUGAGGUGGUGGCUGAGGUUCAGGAGAAACAGAAGGCGCGGGAGCAGUAUGAUGAUUUGUUGAGCUCGGGCCAGCAGGCCUUCCUAUUGGAGGAGAGUGAUGAGAGCCCGGAUGUGUUCAAGCUGAGUGUUGGUAGUCUGCCUCCAGGGGAGAAGGCCUCUGUCAGCCUGGACUAUGUGACAGAGCUGGCUGUACAGGCUGACGAUGGCCUGAGGCUCUGCCUUCCAGCUGUGCUCAACCCCCGCUAUCAACCCCAGGGGUCAGACAAUGGCAGUGGUGGCAGUGCCCUGGUGUCCUCAGUGCCUGCUGGUUCUAUGCCUUACAGUCUGUCCCUCAGUGCCCAUGCGUCAUCCCCUCAUCCCAUCUGUAGAGUAGAGUCCAACUGUCCCUAGGACCCACUCAACUACCUCAACACAGAGAAAACCCAAACCACGGUACUGUGUGUGUGUGUGUGUGUGUUCAUAUGCAUGUGUAUUUGAGUUUCUUUAAAUACAGUGCCUUUGGAAAGUAUUUAGACCCUUUCCCGUUUUCCACAUUUUGUUACGUUAUAACCUUAUUCUAAAAUAAUAACUAAAAAGUUUUCUUCUCAUCAAUUUACACACAAUACCCCAUAAUGAGAAAUCGAAAAUUGGUUUUUAGAUUUUUUUGCAAAUGUAUUAAAAAUACAAAACAGAAAUACCUGUCUUGCAAAUUCUUACACAGGGACACUCAAAGUCAAUCUCAAGUGAAUAAUUGUUUAUCAGCAGCACGGUCUCAACCUUUAAGUCUGUACUGAAGACUCAUCUCUUCAGUGGGUCAUAUGAUUGAAUGUAGUCUGGCCAGGAGUGGGAAGGUGAACGGAAAGGCUCUGGAGCAACGAACCGCCCUUGCUGUCU